GAACGUACUGCCACCAUGGGAUCCAGCGAAACCCAAAAAAGAAAUAGGUCUCAAAACGAGAAUGGCAACGGAGCUGACCGCAAACGAUUGAAGCAGGGGGAUGUAGCGGAGUCCGCAACAUCCACCAAGCAUCGCUACUUCAGCGACGUUGCAAGAGACCAUCUUCAGACUUCAAUCAUUGACGAAGGUAGCAGAACGCCGCUAGCAGUGCAGCAAAAGUGGGUGGAGAUCGAUGUGAGGCUGUCGAGUCUCGUAAUGGACUACAUCCUCGACAACCCCGAAGGUCCUCAUCCAGAGUUUGACUCAUCGGAAUCCCUGAGGGGAUACCGGGUCAUCAAAUGCGCGGACCAGUUCUCCUUGGACUUCCUCGCUGGGUGUGUAGCAAAGAUUUGCGACGCAUUCGAGGGCUUGAAGCUCAAGCUCAUACCAGCCAAGGACAUCCCUAGGAGGCCCCGUGCGCGCAUUUGGUUACCUCCGAUAGCCGAACCUGGCGAAAAGUUGCUGCGGUGUAUAAAGCUGCAUAAUAAAAACAUACCAGCAAUAGACGAGUGGGAGCUCAUCAAAGUUGAAGAGCCGAGAAAGCCCACAAACAAGCCAAUUCUCCUAGCGAUUUGCUCCGAAUCCUUGGAGGCCCUAGCAGAGGCCGACUAUAAGAUUCGGUUCGGUAUUAGAAAAGCUAAGGUAAGAGUAUUCCUUGGUGAAGUCAGCCCAGUAGAAGAGGACCCGGGCGUCGACGGUGCAGGCGAACUCCUUAUGGGAGUGAAACUGAGCGAUGAACCGGACCAGUAAGAUAGUCCAAAUAAAUCUGCAGCACUCGAAGUGUGCUACAGAUAGUCUAGUCGUACUUCUCAGCGAAGAGGACAUCGACAUUAGCCUAAUACAGGAGCCCUGGGUCAGGAACGACGAAGUAAUGGGCCUUAAUAUCUACAAUUACAAUCUCUUCUACAAGAGCGAGCACAGCAGACACAACAGUAGCUAAGGUGGAGACGGCAGGACAACAGGAUGUCUUGUUAGUGUCGUCUUAUAUGUCCCAUGAACGGGACAGUCCGCCACCGGAAAUCAAAACUAUAGUAGACCGGAACCCCAGACGAGCCAUUGUCAUAGGAUGUGAUGCAAACGCCAGGCAUCCAGUUUGGGGCAGCACAACAGAAAACGAGCGAGGUGAGUCACUUCUACACUAUUUAUUAAACACUAGUUUGAGUAUUUGCAAUACUGGUAACCGACCAACCUUUAUCUUCCCAAGUUCAGACCGGUUUCCUGGGUGGGAGGAGGUGUUGGACCUAACGUUGCUGUCUGAGAACGAUGGCGUUACCGUUGAGAACUGGAGAGUUUCCGACAGGCCAUCAGUGUCUGAUCACUGCUGGAUACUCUUUAAUCUACGCGGGGUAUCCUACACCCCCUCUAAAUACAGGAACCCACGCAGAACCAAUUGGGAGAAAUACAAUAGAGUCUUGACGCGAAAACUAACUAAAGUUAAUCUGGUAGAAAAUAUUACCUCAAUAGAUGAGAUAGAACGAAACGUAAGCAACUUAGAGGGGGUGAUGACUAAAGCCUAUGAAAGAUCAACCCCACUGAGUGUCAUGAAAAAGAAAUCCCCGCCAUGGUGGAAUGGGGAGCUUAGAGCUCUUAGAAAUAACGU